GAGUGAGGGGUCAAGGGGGAGGAGCAGGAUUUCUUUAGUGGGGUCUCAAAAGUCUUUCGGUCUCAUUCCAGUUUAGCAUGCAUCUUGGUUUCUAGGCACUACUGGGAGCUUCAAGAGACAAAAGUUCAAGAUGCCAGAGCCUUCGAAGAAAGCAGUUUCUGCAUUUACCAAGAAGCCAAAGACAACAGAGGCAACAUCAGGAGGUUCAGCUAUGUUUGAGGCAGAGACAGAAAAAGCUGGCAUCAAGGUGAAGUGGCAGCGAGCUGGUGCUGAAAUUACUGAAAGCAAGAAAUAUAUCAUCAAAUCUGAGGGGAACAAGCAUUCACUGACUAUCAAUAACAUUGAAAAAGAUGAUGAUGUGACAUAUGCUGUAAUUGCAGGGAGUUCCAAGGUCAAAUUUGAGCUCAAGGUCAAAGAACCAGAAAAGUCUGAAGCAGUCCUUCCUACUGAAGCUUCUUCUGCCUCAGCUGUCUUAGACGCAGACUCUGCUCCAGCUGUUCCAGAUUCACCUCCACCACCACCAGACAGUAUCCAGAAAUCAGUUCCAACUAGUGAAAUUCAGCCAGAACUACCUCUGGAUCUUAUUGGGCUCUUUGUGACCCGGCCUCAAGAUGGAGAAGUGUCUGUUGGUGGAAACAUCACAUUUACUGCCAUUGUGGCAGGUGCCAGCCUACUGAAGAAGCCAUCAGUAAAAUGGUUCAAGGGAAAAUGGAUGAACUUGGGAAACAAAGUGGGGACCCAUCUCCAGCUUCAUGACCACUAUGAUAGAAACAACAAGGUUUAUAUUUUUGAAAUGCAAAUAAUUGAUGCAAAAAUGACAUAUGCAGGGGGGUACAGAUGUGAGGUGUCUACCAAAGACAAGUUUGAUAGCUGUAACUUCAACCUCAUUGUCAAUGAAGCACCAGCAGCUGGAGAUAUGGAUAUUCGAACGACCUUCCGACGCAUGAGCCUGGCAGGAGGAGGGAGACGGAUGUCUGCAGCCUUCCUCAGUGCAGAGGGACAUGAAGAAGGUGGAGAGUUGGAUUUUAGUGCCUUACUGAAAAAGAGAGACAGCUUCUUGCGCUCAGUAAAUAGAACUGAGGCAAAAACUGAAUCACAGCCCAGUGUUGAUGUCUGGGAAAUCCUGAGGAAAGCCCCUCCUUCUGAGUAUGAGAAAAUUGCUUUCCAGUAUGGGAUCACAGACCUGAGGGGGUUGCUGAAACGACUCAAACGCAUGAAGAAGGAGGAGAAGAAAAGUACAGCAUUCCUCAAGAAACUGGAUCCUGCUUACCAAGUGGACAAAGGACAGAAAAUCAAAUUUACGGUGGAUGUUGCCAACCCAGAUGCUGAUGUGAAAUGGCUAAAGAAUGGGCAGGAGAUCCAAGUUAGUGGCAGCAAAUAUAUUUUUGAGGCUGUUGGGAAUAAAAGGAUUCUGACUAUCAAUCACUGCUCCCUGGCUGAUGAUGCAGCAUAUCAAUGUGUGAUAGGUGAGGAGAAGAGCUUCACAGAACUAUUUGUCAGAGAGCCUCCAGUCCUGAUCAUCCACCCACUGGAGGACCAAAUGGUGAUGGUUGGAGAAAGAGUGGAGUUUGAGUGUGAAGUGUCCGAGGAAGGGGCUACUGUGAAAUGGCAAAAGGAUGGAACUGAGUUAACACGGGAAGAGGCUUUCAAAUACAGAUUUAAAAAGGAUGGGAAGAAGCACUAUCUGAUCAUUAAUGAAUCAACUAAGGAGGACAGUGGACACUAUACUGUAAAGACCAAUGGUGGGAAGUCAGUUGCUGAACUGUUUGUACAAGAGAAGAAGCUGGAAGUUUAUCAGAGUAUUGCAGACCUGACAGUGAAGGCACGGGACCAGGCUGUCUUCAAAUGUGAAGUAUCUGAUGAGAAUGUGAAAGGAAUCUGGUUGAAAAAUGGGAAAGAGGUCGUCCCAAAUGAAAGGAUAAAGAUCUCUCAUAUUGGCAGAAUUCAUAAGCUAACCAUUGAUGAUGUAACCCCAGAAGAUGAAGCUGACUAUUCUUUCAUCCCUGAGGGAUUUGCUUACAACCUUUCCGCCAAACUUCAGUUUUUGGAGAUCAAGAUUGAUUUUGUGCCAAGAGAAGAACCCCCUAAAAUCCAUUUGGACUGCAUGGGUCAGUCUCCUGACACUAUUGUUGUGGUGGCUGGGAAUAAGCUGAGACUGGACGUUCCCAUUUCAGGAGACCCAAUACCCACUGUAAUUUGGCAGAAAGUAAACAAGGACAGUGUGCAAAGCAGUGAUGAUUCCAGAAAUCCCCCAGGUACCAGCAGUGAUUUAAGUAAUGAUAAUAAACUUCUCUCUGAAUCUGAAGGUAGAGUUCAUGUGGAGAUGCACGAGGACCACUGUGUCUUCAUCAUUGAAGGAGCAGAGAAGCAGGAUGAGGGGGUUUACAGAGUUACAGUUAAGAAUCCAGCAGGAGAAGAUAAAGCUGAUAUCACUGUCAAGGUUAUUGAUGUUCCUGAUCCUCCAGAGGCUCCCAAGAUCCUCAACAUUGGAGAGGAUUACUGUUCUGUGGAGUGGCAACCCCCUAGUUUUGAUGGAGGGCAACCAAUACUAGGAUACAUCUUGGAAAGGAAGAAGAAGAAGAGCUACCGAUGGAUGAGACUGAACUUUGACCUUCUAAAGGAGCUGUCAUAUGAAGCCAAGAGAAUGAUUGAAGGAGUAAUUUAUGAGAUGCGGGUUUAUGCUGUGAAUUCUAUUGGCAUGUCCCGCGCAAGCCCUGCUUCAGCACCCUUCAUGCCAAUUGCUCCCCCAGGUGAACCAACCCACUUUACGGUGGAAGACGUUUCUGACAGUACCAUUACCCUGAAGUGGAGACCUCCCGAACGGAUUGGAGCAGGGGGACUAGAUGGCUACACUGUGGAGUACUGCAAAGAAGGAUCUACAGAGUGGGUUCCGGCUAUUUAUGGUCUAACUGAACGCACAUCUACACUGAUUAAAGAUCUGGUCACUGGGGACAAACUCUACUUCCGUGUCAAGGCUAUAAACCUGGCUGGUGAGAGUGGACCAGCAAUAACCAAGGAGCCUAUUACCAUCAGAGAGAUUGUGCAACGUCCCAAAAUAUGGCUGCCACGCUAUCUUAGACAGACUCUGAUGAAGAAAGUGGGUGAGACAAUCAACAUUGUGAUUCCUUUUCAGGGUAAACCUAGACCCAGAGUUACUUGGAUGAAAGAUGGUCAAGCACUAGAGUCCAAAGAUGUGGGAAUUCGUAACAGCAUUACAGACACAAUCCUGUUCAUCCGAAAGGCACAGCGUCAUCACUCAGGGACUUAUGAAGUGGCAGUUCAAAUAGAAAACAUGGAGGAUAAGGUUACUAUUACCAUACAGAUUGCAGACAAGCCUGGUCCUCCUCAGAAUGUGAAGAUUGUAGAUGUGUGGGGAUUCAAUGUUGCUCUGGAGUGGACACCUCCCCAAGAUGAUGGCAAUGCACAGAUUUUGGGGUAUACAAUCCAGAAAGCUGACAAAAAAACGAUGGAAUGGUAUACUGUUUUUGAUCAUUAUCGACGGAUAAACUGUGUAGUGUCUGACUUAAUAAUGGGGAAUGAGUACUACUUCCGAGUCUUCAGCGAAAAUUCAUGGGGACUGAGUGAAACUGCUGCAACCACCAAAACUCCUGCCUAUAUCCAAAAAACAGGCACCAUUUAUAAACCACCCAGUUACAAAGAAUAUGACUUCUCUGAACCCCCCAAAUUCACUCACCCCUUAGCAAACCGCUCUGUGAUUGCAGGCUACAAUGCUACACUCAGCUGUGCUCUCAGAGGAAUUCCUAAGCCAAAGAUCUUUUGGUACAAGAAUAAAGUAGAUCUCUCCGGAGAUGCCAAGUACCGUAUGUUCAGUAAACAAGGAGUGUUGACCCUGGAGAUACGGAAACCCACUCCAUUUGAUAGCGGCUGUUACACCUGCAAAGCUGUUAAUGACAGUGGUGAAGCUGAAAUAGAGUGCAGACUGGAUGUCAGAGCACCUCAGUAAAACUCACCAGGUUGGUUCAACAGCAAGUAAAGAGAGUAUGAAGAAUGGAACUUGAAAAGGAAGAAACAAAUACAGGAUAAUCUUAGAUAGACAUAAUUCUUUGCUUAUUUUUAAAUGCCAUUUAGUGAGUGUGUAUUUGGAAGAGGGAUGCAGGUAUUGGGUUUAGAUUCUUACACAGUAUAUGUUGCUCUUUCCAGAAAACCAUUUAAAUAGUACUGGCCCUCAGGAUCAUAUGUAGAAAUGCAAGGAAAGGGAAAAGAUAUUUCCUUAUAAGUAUGGAUCAUCUUUUAGGUCAGAAACAUUAAACAGUAGAUAAAAGCUCUAGAUACAAACAAUUAGAUAGGAAGUCCGAAAUUCCCUAAUGCUAAAAUAAAUUCUAUCCAUUUCAGCUUAUUAGUUAUUUUCAAAAUUCUGAGAUUUCUGACAGGGCACUCAACUGCUCAGAAACAUAAAAUAUAGUAAAAUCUUAACUGGUUAUUCAUACUGGUGCUUCAACUUUCAUCAUAUCAAAGCCUACAUGCAAGAGACUGCCUUCCUCUUUCAAACUCCAAUAGCCAGCUCUACUGGGUCCAUACAAGUAUUAAUUUUUAAAGUGUCUAGAGAUCCCUGCUUGUCCAAAAUACAGUUUGAGAAUACUUGCUCUUUGCUUACUUGUAUAACAUUGUCUCUGUUAACUAUUCACUAAUCUUCUCAUUU